GAAGCUGUGUUUCCAGCAGACCCGUCUGUCUCAGCAGAGCUUCUUUGUUAUUCUCAGGGACAUUAUAAAAACAAAUGUUGCUGCUAACGUCUUUUUAAAUACUAUUUUUUAACAGCUUUUAAAUCAGUUCCUUGUUUUUUUCACUUAAAUGUUUUAUUUAUUUGCUUUUGUUGUUUUACAUCAAUUUUAGACUAAAUUGCACUUUUCAUCUCUCUGCAUGUUUUGCUGUUACUUCAUUUGAUCUUUUCUGUGAUGUUUCUUUUCUAAUUCACCUGAAUAGAAAGGAAAUGAUGGACAGACUGACUCUAGUCACACAUCUGGGAGUGGCAUCACAGCUUUCAUCCACAGAACAGAUCUGCUGCUGUCUCUGGAACCGCUUGGCUUCAAAUUGGUUUGACUGACAAAAAUGAAAUAAGAAAAUCCCCUUAAAAGGGAUAUCAGAGUGAAAAGAAAAACAACAACAAAAGAAAACCUGGGUAAGCAAACGGUGAGGAGCUACAGAGACAAGAGGAGGCGUGGCAUCAGAGGGAGGCAGAGAGACGGAGGAGAGUGGAUCCUCCCUGCAUCCUGAGAUGCUGUGCUGGAUGAGGGAGGACGAGAUGUCGGUUCAGGAGCUGCUACAACGAGUGCAGUGUGUCAUCGCACAUGUCGAUGAGAUCAUGCAGCAGGAGAUCAGGCCCCUGCUGGCUGUGGACAUCAUAGAGCAGCUUCAUCGCCAGUUUGCCUUGCUUUCAGGAGGGAGAGGGAAGGAUGGAGCCCCCAUCAUCACUUUCCCGGAGUACUCAGGCUUUAGUGAAGUACCAGAGGAAGAUUUCCUGAAUGUCGUUACCUACCUGACCAGUAUCCCCAGCUUGGAUGCUGCAAGCAUCGGCUUCAUCAUCAUCAUUGAUCGGAGGAAGGAUAAAUGGAGUUCAGUGAAGGCCUCUCUGUCCCGGAUCGCCGGUGCGUUUCCAGGAAACCUUCAGCUGGUGCUGGUGCUGAGGCCAUCCAGAUUCUUUCAGAGGACAAUAGCAGAUAUUGGAAUAAAACUCCACAAAGAUGACUUCAAAAUGAAGGUGGUUAUGCUGAACUCCCUGGCAGAUCUUCAUGGGUAUGUGGAUAAAAGUCAACUGACCCAGGAAUUUGGAGGUAGUCUGGAAUACUCUCACAGCCAGUGGAUCCACCACAGAACUGCAAUAGAAAACUUUGCCCUGACUGUGAAGACUACAGCGCAGAUGCUGCAGAGGUUUGGCACAGAGCUGGCAGAGACAGAGCUUCCCAAUGACGUCCAGAGCACCAAAGACCUGCUUUCAGCGCACACUGAGAAACACAAUAACCUGAAGGAAGAACUGAAACUAGCUUUAAGACAAGGCAACACCUUGUUUGCCUGCAUCAAGGAUCAGGCGGCAAAGUCCGAGGAUCACAGACUCAACCCUGAUGAGUUGGAGAACCAAACCACGGUAGAAAGGCUGCUGGCCCAGCUCGAUGAGACGGAAAACGCAUUUGAACAGUUCUGGUCUAAGCAUCAUCUGAAGCUGGAGCAGUGCCUGCAGCUGCGCCACUUUGAACACGACUUCAGAGAGAUUAAAGUGUCUCUGGAUCACCUGAUGGACUCUCUAAGAAAUGUACCGGAUGCUGGGGAUUGUGUGGCCAGAGUGGAGCAUCUGCUGAAAGAGAUUAAAGCUCUUGAGGAAAACGCUCAGAUUAACCAGUGGUGUGAGUCAGGGAUCUACCUGCUGGCUUCCCAAGCGGUGGAUAAGUGUCAGUCCCAGGAAGGGGCAGAAUCAGCUUUAAUAGACAUCCAACACUUUUUGGAGUCGGCAGAAAAGAACCAAGUGACAGAACUGAGGAACCUUCACAACCAGUAUGAGAGCGUCCUAUCAGAGGAUAUAAAGGGCAAUGUGCUCAGGGCCCUCAAACGGCUGGAAGAUGUUCAGGAGAUGAUUGAAAAGAGACAAGUAAGCCUUAAGAGGCUAUCAGCAAAACAGACGAGACCCAUUCAGCCAGUUGCUCCGCGGCCGGAGUCAUCUCCUAAACGUCCCACACAGAAGAACCCCAGCAGGACACCGGUGGGCCAGCAGGCCUUGGCUCGGAAGCUGUCUGAUAACUCCAACAGCAGCAAACUGCCGGCUGAAGCUGAUCCCAACAAGAAGAAGAACAUAAGGAGGACCAAGGGAGGCAUAAAGGGUUACGUAGCUGAACUGAAUAAUUCAGAGCUCAGCCACCUGAUCCCCCCAUCGCUGGAGAACAAGAAGGAGCAACUCUUUGGGAACCUGCCAGAAAUAUACGACUUUCACAACAAGACAUUCCUUAUGGAGCUGGAGAACUGUGCAGAAAACCCAGAGCUGGUUGGAACCUGUUUUUUGAAGAGGAAAGAAGAACUGCAGGUGUAUGAGAAGUACUGUCAGAAUAAACCGCGCUCUGAGGUUGUGUGGCGACAGUGUGGAGACAGUCCCUUCUUCCAGGAAUGCCAGAAGAAACUAGACCACAAGCUUUCCCUGGAUGCCUACCUGCUGAAACCCGUUCAAAGGAUCACCAAAUAUCAGCUUCUGCUUAAGGAAAUGUUAAAAUGCAGUAAAGAUGAAGGGAUAGCUGAGCUGGAGGAAGCGUUAGCUACCAUGCUAGAGAUCAUCAAGUCUGUCAAUGACUCCAUGCACCAGAUCGCCAUCACUGGGUUUGAGGGGAACCUGAGUGAACUGGGGAAGCUGCUGAUGCAGGGAUCGUUUAAUGUGUGGACUGACCAUAAGAGAGGCCAUAGUAAGGUGAAGGACCUGGCCCGGUUUAAGCCCAUGCAGAGGCACCUCUUUCUGUACGAUAAGAUGCUGCUGUUCUGUAAGAAACGAGAGGAGACCAGCGAGGGCCAUGAGAAGACUCCAUCCUACAGCUUUAAGCACUCACUAAAGAUGAGUUCAGUGGGAAUAACAGAAAAUGUUAAAGGAGACCAUAAAAAGUUUGAGGUGUGGUAUAACGGCAGAGAAGAAGUCUACAUAAUCCAGGGGGCAGUAAUGUUUAAAGUGGGCAUGCUGUUCCACAGAGGGCAAGAAGUUACAGCUAAUCCAUUAAUGCAUUAUUGUAGAACAGCCACCAGGCGUGUCCAUAGAACCACUGCCGUCAUUUCAACAAGUUUACGUAUCGCUGACUCAGCACUCCGUUCUGACUCGCAGACGUGUCCCUCUGUCUGUCCCUGCAGGAUUGUCCGUAAGAUGGCACUGAGGCAUUCUGAUUCAUCAAGUCCCGAGUCCGGAUUGAGGAGAGCUAAUCCCAGUCCCAACAUGAGGCAGAAGAAAGAUACACUGCGUGGUGCGAUUGCUGCAGGUGGGAAGCGGCAGAGCAUGACCAGCAGCAUUUCUAGUGUUGCUGGUAGCAAAGCGGCCGUCCCCAGAUCAACCUCCCAGCCAGGGUGGACCCAGAGAAGACUCCCCUCCAUGGACACAGAGGACUUUGAGACGAUUCCCUCCAGUGGAGAAGAAUCCUCCAACUCUUCUGAGGAUGAAAGCAGCAAUAAGAAUGCUGACAACAGUCGCUACCGGGUGCAGCUAACGUAUGCAGCAUGUGAAGCCAAGGAUCUCUCUCUGGAAACCAAAGACAUGGUUCAGUUUUUGGAGGAAGCAGAAACUGGAAAUUGACAUCGUCAGUGAUCUCUGCACAGCAGCUCAGAGUUUGAAGAAAAUGACGUCAGCACUUGGACAGAUGGACGGCAAACAAACAUCCAUCAACUGAUAUGAAAAGCUUUGAACAAGUUGUAGAUCUUUUUGAUGGACUGCAGGUCUACCUUUCUGUUCUCAUUUUUUCUCUUUAAUUCUCUGAUCUUUGCUGCAGCAGACCUGGAAAGCCUGAAAUCAUUUUAAUCCAAUGUAGCAGAGCAAUUAUAUCCACUAACUGCUUUCCAUACUUUCAUAUAUGCAGUCUCCUCAGAAAUUAUUCAGACCUUUAUUUAUUACACUUUUGAUUUAUUAUUAUUCUUGAUUUUAUUUAAACUAUUUUUGGUAAAAUGUAUGAAAUAUUUAAAGAAGGAAACUUAGAUUAAUUUACAUAGAUACAUUUAGCUAAAGCCUUAUUAAGUGUUGCCUUUUUCCAGACAGGAAACAUUAAAAUAAACUGGCGACAGAAAAAAAUGUGAACAUCUUUUUAUAAUGCAGUUAUUUAAAUAAAAGGCUCUUAAAUUUUCACCUUACCAGCAAACAGAGACGGGAAAAUUCAAUAAAAUAAAGCUGCUUAAUUCUGUAAAUCAGUGCAGGAGUGAAACAUUAAACUUAAAAGCUUAAAUAUCCAGACAGUUUCUUCAUUUAUUGUCUUUUAUGACCAAGCAAAGUUUUUAAUUCUAACCAGUAAGAAUGGAAAAGGCGUCUCCUUCCUUCUAUAAGGAAUGGGCGGGAAGAACGCUGCUGCUUCGGAGUAACGGUGGAUGGAUGGGUUGAUCAUGGCAACAUUAAAAUAAAUCAAUCAUAAGUUUUCUGCAGCUGUUUGAGGCUCAAUAGAAAAUCUAAACCCUUUCAGCACAGAGAGAACAUGCAGAUUUCAUGCAAACCCCAGAUCAUCUCUGUACGGCCUCAGUUUAUUACAAACACACAAAAAUAGAAAGAUGUUCUUUAAAGAAUGAAGCAACUGAAAGGGUUUGAAUAUUUCCUGAGGAGACUUUUUGACUUUAUCUUUUAAUGUCUGUAAAAUUGCUUGAAAAAUGCCUGGAUUGUUUUAACAGGAUGAGAAGUCGUUUCUUACAAGAUUUUAAGUGCAAAUACUGAAAAACAUGCUGGUAAUGCUAGAAUAUUCCAGUUUUUAUGUGACUCAGGAUCAUAAUGGCAACUUCUGCACAUAAAGGGAGAGUUUAGUUGAGUUUCUACCAAACUGAUGAACUGGUGCAUCCUGACAGAGCGGCUGCAGUUAAAUGAAGGGGCGCUCUGCUCCAUCCACAGCGAGAUGUUAUGACCCUUCAAGUGGAAAAAGUCCAUGAUGUAUAAAGAAAGCAUCGUCUGCAGCGUCAAUACAUGCAGCCAUGCUUAAAUGACUAUAUCUGGCUUUUUCAUAUAAAGUGAACUGAUUUGUGCAACAUGAACACAUUUCCUCUUUCAUCUGAGAAAAUCUAAUUUAAAACAAAUUCCUUUAUCAGCUAAUGAUAGUUAAAUCACUUCCCAGCAGAAAAAUAAAUCAAAUCUAAUGUGUUUUCUGCUUUGAACAUAAUCAUGGGAAGAAGCCAGAUGGCCUUCGGAGGAAAUGAUCGUUUCUGUUUUCAGAAACUGAUUUGUCUCCAUUUUCUGUUAUGCUUCAUGUCCCAGAGAGAAAAAAA